UUGGACCGAUCAGACUUUACUUGACAAAUUCCUUAAAAGGGAACCAUUGUUCCUCCCUUAGCUUCGCUCCAAUCUCCGAUUCCCUCCGAAUCCAGUUUUUAAGCCAUUUUGUUUGUAUUGAAACAGUUGAAUUUCUAAGAUUUCAUUGUUUUGUUAUAUCUAGGGUUGGGGUUUUGAAAUCAUUGAGAGAUUCAUUGGACUUCACUAUAUGGCAUUGAUCGACUGAUCAACCGUAGCUAAAAUUGAAUCACCGCCUUUUCUCCGUUUUUCAUAUUUGAGUGAAGGUUGUUGUAUCAAUGGCUUCCACUAAAGAAAGUGAUAACACUUCCGAUACUCCUUCCUCGCCCAAAAACGUGUACAAGGAUCCAGACGAUGGGCGGCAACGAUUCUUACUCGAAUUGGAGUUCGUGCAGUGCCUUGCCAACCCUACUUAUAUCCACUAUUUGGCUCAAAACCGCUAUUUUGAAGAUGAGGCAUUCAUUGGAUACUUGAAAUAUCUUCAAUACUGGCAACGACCGGAGUACCUAAAAUUUAUCAUGUAUCCUCAUUGUCUAUAUUUCCUUGAACUUCUUCAAAAUGCAAAUUUCCGAAAUGCAAUGGCACAUCCUGCCAACAAGGAAGUGGCACACAGACAGCAAUUUUUCUUCUGGAAGAACUACCGAAACAAUCGGUUGAAGUUCAUUUUGCCUAAGCCUCCUCCCGAAGAAGUUCCUACACCUGCACCCCCGCCUCCUGCUAGUGCUCCACCUCAGCAGUCUUUGCCAGCUAGCAAUAUUGCUAUGACUACUGCUCCUCCAGCUCCUGCUUCAACUCAUUCUCCAAUGCCUUAUGGUCUUCCCUCUGGAUCUGCUCUUGCAAAAAAUGAUAUGAGGAAUACUGGAAUCGAUCGAAGAAAAAGGAAGCAUGAAAGAAGCUUAAAUUGACUAACCAUCUAUGUUGAAAGUAACAGGAUGUAUAUUUCAUGAGGUUCAUUGACCAUUACUCGGGGAGCCAUUUGCGGAUGAACAGUAACACAUAGGAAACGGUGGAAUCAUCUUAUUAUUAUGGCAUUAUUGUUAGAGAUCAUCGCUAUACCACCGUAAAAGACUGAUUUAGUAUUGGGGUAGCCAUCGGCAUUUAAAUCCUUUUCGAUUUAUUUUGUAGUGGUUACCACAAAUUAUAAACCAUGAUGCUAGAUUGAAUUUUUAGUGCCCUUUAUCAUGCCUUUUAAAA